ACUGAAUUUAUCAAGAUUUCAGAAAGUCAAUUUUGUUUUUUCUUAAAUAUUCAAUAAAACAGUAAAAAUAAAAGUGUUUUUGAUUAACUUGGAAAAUAUUUUAAGAAAAGUCAUGGCUGUCCCAGGUAAAAGACUCAUCAAAAUUUUUUCGUCUUCAACAACCUCUAUGGGGUCUGAAGAAGACUAUAAAGUUUACUGUCAGUUGUGUGACAGAAGUGGACCAAGACUUCCUGCUCAUGGCUUUUGUAUAAACUGCUCAGAGCAUUUGUGUCAAACUUGCUGCACAGUUCACAGACAACAAACUUUUUCGAGACACCAUGUUCUUCUAGACAAAUCCAGCAUGCCUCAGAGCCUGUCACCUGGAAUAAGUAACCAGUCAGAUAGCUUCAAAAAACUAUGUCCUAAACACGGCACUGAGUUGAUCAUGUUUUAUUGUCACGAUCAUAAAGCUCUCCUCUGUAGUGUUUGUGUCAGCAAUGAGCAUACAGCAGCUUCCUGCAAACUGAAUUACAUACCUGACAUUUCAGGCCAGAGCAUCAAUAGCAAAGAAUAUCAAGAUGUGUUAAAGGAGAUCAAUGACAUGACUGAGAGGUGUAACAAAUCUCUUAAAGACAUGAAGAAAAUAAAUGAUGAAUCAAACCAAUCUUUGGCAGAUGCAUUGGCAGACAUAAACAAGUUCCGAACAAAAAUCAAUCAAAGAUUAGAUAAAAUGGAAAAACAAGUCAAAGAAGCUGCAAAAGUCAUUCAAAAGGACAAUAGCAAGAAUUUGACUCAAGUAGAAACAGUUUGUGGAGAUGUUUCAAAAUCAUUGAAGUUAGCCUCCAAUGCGAUUAAACAUUUCAACAUAUCGAAGCAACCCAGUAAUUUGUUCGUGGAACUCAAACAAACAGAACAAAUGAUAAAAGAUUUUGGGCAGAGUGUUGCUAGGCUCUCAGAAUAUGAUGUCAGAGAAUACACGUUUGAACCAAACGAGGCAAUACUAAAUCUACUUCAUAAAGAGGGUUUCAUGGGAACACUGAAAGGUAGAGCUCCUAGUUUCAAGUCCAGACAAUGUCCACACUUGGAUAAAAUCUGUAUCAAGACGUCACAAGACAAGAACCCUUGCUGGAUAACAGGAAUGACUCUCCUGACACCUGAUCUUCUAAUCAUCGCAGAUUUUAGUGAUAACAUGGCCAUAAAAAUGGUCGAUAUCUACAGAAAGUCUGUACUAUCUCAGCAAUGCUUCGACAGUCGUCCUAGAGAUGUGACAUCAGUUUCACAUAAUGAACUUGCCGUCACACUUCCAGACAUUCAAACGAUUCAGUUUAUAUAUGUUUCAAGAAACAACCUGACAAAGAACCAGUUGCUGAGCACAUUAAAGGUUGAUGGAAACUGUUGGGGUAUUGGAUCUUAUAAAGAUAAACUGGUGGUCUCGUUUAAGUCACUUUUGAGACCUGCCAAAGUCCAAAUCCUUCUCAUCAAUGGAACUGUUUUACACACAAUCGAAGACGAAAAUAUUUUCAAAAAUCCAGUAUACGUCACAUCAUGUGACACUUGUAUCUAUGUAUCUGAUUCUAAGAUGAAAACAGUUACCAAGUUAAACUGGCGAGGGGAAGUGAAAGGUAAAUAUGUUUGUACCGACAAGCCAUGUGGCGUGGCGAUGACAGAAGAUGGGACAGUAUUUGUUGGUUAUCGUACCAGCAAUGUCGUAGGGGAGAUAUCGGGGGACUGCACAGAAGGACAGGUUGUUCUGAAGAAUAUACAGAGCCCACAAGCUGUUUACUGGUCUGCUGACACAUGUACAAUGUACACAAGCACCUUAGACUUCACUGAAGAAAGAAACUAUAUAUCAAAAUCUUCAAAUUUCUACAAUAGGGACAAACUCAUUUUCCACUUUUAAGGCAACAAAUCAGUAGAAAAUUAUUUUCUCUAUAUGUGACAGUAUUCUAUGAUCAGAUGUAAGCGACAAAUUGCAGGAGUUUAUGUAAAAUAUUUACUUAAGUUUGUCAUCAUUUGAAGAAAAGCAUGAAAGAUCUAUGAUAAGUAUGUUUGGUACAGUGAAUAUACAAUGAGCUAUUGGCAUUUCAUAGAUAUACCAAUUAUAUUUCAUUGGCAAUUAUAAGGAAAGUUUGGGUAUAUUGAGUUGACAAUUAACAAUUAUAAGUAAAUAUGAGUUAUAUUGAGUCAUUGACAAUAAUAUGU